AUGCCCAGUGACGAGCUAGUGUUGCUUCCGGCACCGAACCUGGACAAAGCGCCUGCCCGCUACGAUAACGAGAUCGAUGAGCUGGAUGCGCACUGCCAGCAAUUAGCGCGGGACUUUCUGCGUGAAAACCCGACGCUUCGUGACCAGAGCCUGGUGCAACUACGUGACUGGAUAGCGAAGCAUCCGAGCAUCAAGCGGUGCCGCACGGAUGCACGCUUUCUGUUGCGCUUCCUGCGCACGAAGAAGUACUCGUUCAUCAAUGCGUCUACCAUGUUGGAGCGGUAUCUAGCGUGUCGGGUGGUUCAUCCGCACUGGUUCAAGCGGUUGGAUAUCGAGGAUCGGGAGAUGUGUGAUCUUGUGGAGGCGGGCUUUCUCUACCCGGUGCUGGAGAAGGAUGCACGCGGUCGAACGGUGAUUUUUGGCGAUGCGGGCACGUUGGACCCGAAAGUGUACACCGUGGGGCAUGGUAGUCGAAUGCACAUGCUGGUGGGUGAAACGUUGUACGAUGACGCUUCGGUGCAGUGCGCAGGGUUUGUGCUCGUGUACGAUCUGUCCGGUAUAACGAUGGGCAUGUUGGGGUUGGUGACGUUGAACGAUAUCCGCGAUCUGGCGACGUAUCUCAACAACGCAGUGCCGAUGCGCAUCCAGGAGCUACACUUCGUCAACACACCGAGCUUAGCGCUGAAGAUCGCGAACUACACGUUGGCCCUGAUGAACGAGAAACUUCGCAACCGUAUCAUGUGUCACCGCAGUUGGGAGGAUUUGCACAAAAAGGUUGACAAGCGACUGAUGCCCCAAGAGUACGGUGGAGUGAUCCCGAAGGAAGUGCACAUUGCGGAGUUCAAGAAACGCUGCCACAUCUACCGUCCACAGUUGCUCGCGCUGGAUGAGAUGGACUACGAGGUGGGACGCGAUCUGGACAGCUGCAAAAAGUCACACGUGGCCGAAAUUGAAACGGGCACUAUUGGAAGCUUCCGCAAGUUGCAGCUCGACUAGCAAACAAAGAAAGCAACCGGAUCGGAUGGCGUAGUUUUUAAAGCAAUGGGUUCUCUCAGACUGUGAUGUAUCUUUUGACCGUUUGUUAACAUACAAUAAUCCCGAAUGUUUUCAUGUUUGCCUUCUAUACUCAUUGCUCUGGUGGAAAAUGGUGGAUUGAACGUACUUCACCCCGUGUAUGGUAAUGAUUCGAAUAAUUUGAAAACCGCCCCAGGCGGGCUUUGGUUUGGUAGCGUUCGACACAACCAUCUGUUGACAUUGCGCGUAAUGACAAUAAUUAACACCUUCGUGGAACAACACUGGAAUGAAGAUGGGACCAUGAUCGAGUGAAACACCGACUUUUGUUUCUCAUCGUGGAAGAUCGAGCGUCGGGUGCGCUGAUGUGACCAGAAAUGAUAAUCUUUAUUCAAGGAUGACCCUCACGCGAGGUGUGAAGGAUAAACUAUGGAUAUACCACCGUCUGUAUAACGAUGAAAA